AUGAGCACGAACUCAUCAUUGUUACAGACAAUUGAACCUGAUGAUCCUUCGGUGGCGCAGGCUCCAUCUAGAAACACUGCGUCCAAUACUCGACCUGCGGUAGUAUUGACACCUAAUAACCUGGCCUCUGCUCCAGCCGAUGCAGAAUCAGGCAUUGCUGGUAUAUUGAGACAGUCUGCACAUCCUGCAGCUUUGUUUUGCCUCUAUUUCUUCAGGACAUCCGCCAUCGCCGUGUACAUUUUAUGUGGACUGUUGACAAACAAUUAUGUCCUCUCUACGGUAGUGGUAGUUGUCUUACUUGCAAUGGACUUCUGGAAUUGUAGAAACGUUGCUGGACGUACCCUUGUUGGUCUGCGUUUCUGGAACCAG